AUGGAAGGCAAUGAUAUGAGUGCCCUUCCACAGCAGGAGCAGCAUGCUGUUUGGGGCGAAACAGAGCGCAAUUUUUGGCAGAAAUUCGACGACGACAGUCACGUCGGCUGUGCGGCAGCAGAACAAGAAUAUCAAAGACAGACAUCCAGUGUCAAGGAGGAGCUGCAGGCAUUAAGUGUCAAGCGCACCAGCCUAACGCAAAGAAAAGAACAGCUUUCAAAGGAACUAACACAUGUAGAGGAGGAGCUUGCGAAAAUAGCUGACUCUUACGAGAAUUAUAUCGCGACAUUGACCAUGAUGGAACAAAACUACCAAAAAUGUGAGCAAGAAAGACUCGAGAAGCGUGACCAGGUCGCGCUCACCAUGGAUCGUUUCUUCCGGGACAAGCAAGGGGAAGAUCGAAGCCCAUUGUCGCAAAAAGAUGGUGAUCUUUUCCACCAAGUUUCAAGGAAUACAGCAGCAACAGCAGCCGCAACAGCAGCCGCAGCAGCAGCUACAGAAGCAACGGCGACAAAGACAACGACAAGGACAACAACGACACCUCCUCGAAAAAGGUUCCCUAGCCGAGCCGCUAUAUACGCCGAGGCUCUGAAACAAGGAAACGAGGUGACUAGGUUAACCCAAGUUUUACCCUCAAUACGAACAACGCCUCCUCCUCCUCCUCCUAAGCCGGAUUCCAUACUCGUCAACGUCAUCGAUGCGGAUGGCCGUUUGAUUGGCCCUAUCGAAAGAGUUGAGCCUUGGAAUCAGUGGGUUGAUGCCAUCCAAAACCUGCCCAUAAGGAGACCAGUCAAGAUACGUCGUGGGCGCAAGUUUACACCGGACCACCUUGCCACUAUAUACGACAGGUCCGAUCCCAAAGGUGUCAAGUGGAUAGCAUGUUUGAUCCAGGCAAUGGGAGAAAUUCAACGACGACGAUGCCACUCUUGUGACAAGAAUCAAGGUGCCUUUGAUGAUUGCACCAUCCUCGGAGGCCCUCUUUUUCAAAAAUGCGGCAACUGCGAAUGGAAUCGACAGGGCUGCCAUAUGCCGUUGGUGUGCGAAUCCGACAACUCUUCCGGCAAUCCUGCUUUGGCGAGCGGUACCGGAGAAUCAAAGCCUUCCGUCAGCCUACCCCGGCUGUAUUCAUCUUAUCAACGAGAGCCGGCCCAGUUGUUGACGCCCAAGGAGCAAAAGGGGCCCGCCGCCCCUGGGGGCCCGACAAACCAUGUGCAGGAAUCCCAUUUACCGCCCACUCUCCCGACUUUACAGCCCCUUUCCAACGGGUUUACGCCGGCCAAUAUGCGGAGUCGACAGCCUUGGUCGCCGGCGCCGCCUGAAGUUCGAACCCCAUCCGUCCAAUCGGCCGAAGACUCACCGCCUCCACUUGGCGAGAUUACGAAGAGCAAUCUCAUCCUUCGGCAUAACGGCACCGUGUAUACGUAUCCCGAGUGCGUCGAAGGCGUACCUCUUGUAAAAAUUGACCAAAACCACCCAUACUGGGAUCCCAGGUGGCCUCCGCUUCAGUCAAUAAUCGUACCACAGCUCGAAAUGUGGCGAGUCAAGUACGAACAAGCUUGUAUCAGAAAGGCCAGGGGCGAGAGCGGACCAGCCAAGUUUCAAACCGGUCGUCAAGUCAACAGGGGCACGAGAAUCCUGGAGUACUUGGAAGAAGGGGAGAUAAGUCCGUAUCAGCUCCUGUCCAAGCAGUACACCCACACGGGCAAGGGAACUAUUACGGCAUACGACACGCUAUUUCGAAUGUGCGAGACGCUAUUUGAACUGACCAAGUACAGAAUGGACAUCUCCCCGGUCGAGUGGCUUCGGCAUCGCCUCCACGAGAUUAUCGUCGAACAAGGGGCAUAUUUCAACUAUUCAAAGACCAUGCACGACUUUUACCGCGACCCCAAGCUCGCUGCGCUACGCGACGCCAACGGAUUCAAGAGCAUUGGCCGGCCUUCUGGCUACAAACCGAGCCAAAACGACGGCAAAGGGGAAAGCAGCAGUGGGCAAAAGAGGAAGAGCAUGCAGUCGCAGGCUGAUACUCCCCGGGCCACGCCGCCGGCGCCGGCGGCUAAUGGUCACUCGCCGCUCUCAUCCCACUCAGUGAAUCUUUAUCAUCCUCCUCAUGAUCAUGCCCCUCCUCAUGAUCAUGCUCCUCCUCAUGAUCAUCUUCCUCCGCAUAAUCAUCUUCCUCCUCAUCAUCUUCCUCUUCAUCAUCCCCCUCCUCAUCAUAAUCAAAAUCAGUCUCCCCUCCCCAGUGUCGGCAACGGACCACGGUAUGCGGCAGAGCAUUCGUCAUUUCAAGCUGCGACAUCGAAACGCCUGAAGCCCGACUUAUCAGUCUACACGUCUCCGAACGCCAUUGUUUUUCCUGACGAGGUGUCGGAUACGGAUUCCUGGAGCGGGGCCUUGUUGGAUAAGCUAGACUGGCGCAUUUAUCAAGUGAAGACGAGGCUCUACACCAGCAACACCACGGUCACGCAAUACUGGCACUGGAAAGACGAUGAACGAAUGUUUGAGCACCAGGUCAUCAAAGAGACAGAUCCGGUCGUUUGGGGUGUUCAUCGAUCCCCGAUUGAUUUUCACGUGCCUCUGGACGAUAUUGUCGAGGUCAACUGGAAUAUGGAGGCGCUCCAGCUGCAGCUUGUAAUGAGCCAGUUUAGUUCCACACUAGCCAAGCAGGAUGGCAAACCCAGGGGAGACAUUAUGGCGUCGUUUAAGCGAAAGACUACGAUGCGUCGAUUUUUAAGUUAUUGCCUGCAGCGCCGGUUGAAACUGGUCAAGAUCACAGCGCAAGACAUGGAACAGCGAUGGGCGUCGAUGCAGUCUGAGAAGCUGCCACUUACGGAAGGGGAGGCAAGCUCAGAGCUUCGAGAAUAG